AUGCUGGCCGACAGUCUGGUGGAAGAGUUCGAAAUCCGCGAGGAUGAGCCCUGGUACGACCAGCAGGACCUGCAGCAAGAUCUUCACCUUGCUGCUGAGCUUGGGAAGACACUACUGGACCGUAACACUGAACUAGAAGAAUCCUUACAGCAAAUGUAUGCAACAAAUCAAGAGCAAUUGCAGGAGAUAGAGUACCUCACGAAGCAAGUGGAGCUCUUGCGGCAGAUGAACGACCAGCAUGCAAAAGUCUAUGAACAGCUGGAUGUGACAGCAAGAGAACUGGAAGACACUAAUCAAAAACUGGUUGCAGAGAGUAGAGCUUCACAACAAAAGAUAAUAAGCUUGACAGAGACUAUUGAAAGUCUACAAACACACAUAGAUGACCUGCAGCGACAAGUGGAAGAACUGAAAAAGCCUGGACGGGGCCGGAUGAGCCAGGAGAGAUCUGAGCAGCCAAGAUCAAUGCACAGUUUCUCGUGUUUGAAGGAGCUGUAUGACCUCCGCCAGUAUUUUGUUUAUGAUCAUGUCUUUGCAGAAAAGAUUACUUCAAUGGAUAGUCAGCUAAGUCCUCUAGAAGAAGAAAAUGAGAAAUUAAAGAAGGCAGUGACAGUUCUGCAAGCCCAGCUGAGCCUAGAGAAGGAGAAGAGGGUAAGCAUGGAAGAGGAAUACAAUCUUAUGGUGAAAGAAAACUGUGACCUGGAGCGGAGGCUGGUCGAUACAGACUUGUAUCGGGCUCGUGCGGAGGAACUGGAAGCAGAAGUAGCUGAAAUGCGACAGAUACUUCAGUCUGAAAACACGCUCCAUAAUGCAGAGAAAUUGGUGCCGGAAUCCUUCUUCAUUUCCUUCAAGGAAUCUCUAGACAAGGAGCUUGGUCAGAGCCUGGCAGAUGAUGGACUUCUGACAGUAUCGGAGCUUGAGAAGAAGGCACUGAAACGGAGCAGCAGUGAAAGCCUCCUGAGCAGUGCUGCCGGGGCAGACAUUCUCAGGGGCCAUGAAGAAACGUGUAUUAGGAGAGCUGAAGCUGUGAAGCAGCGAGGAAUCUCUGUACUCAAUGAAGUUGAUGCUCAGUACAAUGCUCUGAAAGUGAAGUACGAGGAGCUUUUGAAGAAAUGUCAAAUGGAUGAAGAUUCUUUGAAACACAAGGCUGUACAAACAAUGAAGCAGUAUUCCAAAGACCUAAAUGUGGGGAACACCCAGUAUGAUCUUUCAGCUAGCAAUCAAGAAUUCACAAUUGCUGAGCUCAGUGACUCUUCCACAAAUGCCCCCCCUGAAUAUAAAGCACUAUUCAAGGAGAUUUUUAGCUGUAUCAGAAAAACAAAAGAAGAAAUAGAUGAACACAGAGCAAAGUACAAGACUCUCUCCUCUCAGCCAUAA